AUGAUUUCAGUAGUGCAAUGUUCUCAUGACACCAGUUGGAAAGACUCCAUCAUAUCUUUCAGUGACUUUUACGCAACAGACUUACCGAAUCCGCUUGCUUUGUCUGGUGAGCUUGAUUUAUGGGAAGCCUUCUGGUUAAAUUUUGAAGGAGAUGUCCCUUCUAAUAUUUCCGAGACGUUAAAAGCGAUAAAUUUUCCUGGUUUUGAAAACAUAAAAGUUUGUCUUAAGUUACUUGCUACCUUUCCAUUAACUUCAUGUGAGUGUGAGCGGACAUUUUCUUCACUUCGGCGCCUAAAAAAUUAUAUGCGAAGCACCAUGGUUCAGGACCGUCUAAAUGGUUUAGCAUUAAUGAAUAUUCAUUCAGAAAUAGUUAUAGAUAUCAAUAAAGUCAUUGAUAAAUUUGCCACUAAUAAUCGUAGAUUAACUUUCAAAUAA